GAGCCGCGCUAGCCGAGGCCUGCUGCCGCGCUGCUGAGGCGAGCCCGCCAAACUCCCCUCCCCCUCCUCCGUCCUCGACCCCCCGCACCUCACCCCUUCCCCACCCCCUCCUCCGUCUCGGUCCCCGACGCUGCUCCGGACCACUAUGACCAUGAGAUCCGCAGUGUUCAAGGCGGCCGCGGCCCCUGCCGGCGGCAACCCUGAGCAGCGACUGGACUACGAGCGGGCUGCGGCGCUGGGCGGGCCCGAGGACGAACCUGGGGCGGCCGAAGCCCACUUCCUCCCCCGGCACCGUAAGCUCAAGGAGCCGGGGCCCCCGCUGGCCUCCUCCCAAGGCGGGAGCCCCGCGCCCUCACCGGCCGGCUGCGGCGGCAAGGGCCGGGGCUUGUUACUCCCGGCCGGGGCGGCCCCCGGGCAGCAGGAAGAGAGCUGGGGCGGCUCGGUGCCCUUGCCCUGUCCACCCCCGGCCACCAAACAAGCUGGCAUUGGGGGGGAGCCAGCGGCAGCCGGAGCCGGCUGCAGUCCCCGACCCAAGUAUCAGGCGGUGCUGCCCAUUCAGACGGGCUCUCUCGUGGCGGCGGCCAAAGAGCCUACGCCCUGGGCUGGGGACAAGGGUGGGGCGGCUCCCCCAGCUGCCACCGCCUCGGACCCGGCGGGACCCCCACCACUACCUCUGCCCGGGCCGCCACCCCUCGCGCCCACCGCCGCCGCCGGGACCCUGGCGGCCAGCGAGGGCCGAUGGAAGAGUAUGAGGAAGAGCCCUCUCGGAGGUGGCGGCGGCUCUGGAGCUUCCAGUCAGGCCGCCUGCCUCAAACAGAUCCUUCUGCUGCAAUUGGACCUCAUCGAACAGCAGCAGCAGCAGCUGCAGGCCAAGGAAAAGGAGAUCGAGGAGCUGAAGUCAGAGAGAGACACGCUCCUUGCUCGGAUAGAACGUAUGGAAAGGCGGAUGCAGCUGGUAAAGAAGGAUAAUGAGAAAGAAAGGCACAAGCUGUUUCAGGGCUAUGAAACUGAAGAAAGAGAGGAAACGGAGCUAUCGGAGAAAAUUAAACUGGAGUGCCAGCCGGAGCUUUCUGAGACAACCCAGACUCUGCCUCCCAAGCCUUUCUCCUGUGGGCGGAGUGGAAAGGGACACAAAAGGAAAUCCCCAUUUGGAAGUACAGAAAGAAAGAUUCCUGUUAAAAAGCUGGCUCCUGAAUUUUCAAAAGUCAAAACAAAAACUCCUAAGCACUCUCCUGUUAAAGAGGAACCCUGUGGUUCCUUAUCUGAAACUGUUUGUAAACGUGAAUUGAGGAGCCAAGAAACUCCAGAAAAGCCCCGGUCUUCAGUGGACACCCCGCCAAGACUCUCAACUCCCCAGAAGGGACCCAGCACCCAUCCCAAGGAGAAAGCCUUCUCAAGUGAGAUAGAAGAUUUGCCGUACCUUUCCACCACAGAAAUGUAUUUGUGUCGUUGGCACCAGCCUCCCCCAUCACCGUUACCAUUACGGGAAUCCUCUCCAAAGAAGGAGGAGACUGUAGCAAGGUGUCUGAUGCCAUCAAGUGUUGCAGGAGAAACUUCAGUCUUGGCUGUUCCUUCUUGGAGGGACCACUCAGUAGAGCCUCUAAGGGACCCAAAUCCUUCAGACCUUCUGGAGAACCUGGAUGACAGUGUGUUUUCGAAGAGGCAUGCAAAACUGGAGCUGGAUGAGAAGAGAAGGAAAAGAUGGGAUAUUCAGAGGAUCAGGGAACAAAGAAUUUUACAGCGACUGCAGCUCAGAAUGUAUAAAAAGAAAGGAAUUCAGGAAUCUGAGCCCGAGGUUACCUCAUUUUUCCCUGAGCCAGAUGAUGUUGAAAGUUUGAUGAUUACCCCCUUCUUGCCUGUUGUAGCAUUCGGACGACCAUUACCAAAACUAACUCCACAGAAUUUUGAGCUGCCCUGGUUGGAUGAGCGUAGCCGAUGCAGGUUGGAGAUCCAGAAGAAGCAAACACCUCAUCGGACGUGUAGGAAAUAGCUGUGCUGGCAAGAACCUUCUGUCUUCAGAUAGUUGUAGCAUGCCAUUCCCAGAGAGUGGCAGAGACCUGUAUAUGUGACCUAUGUCCUUAUGUAUGUUACCAUUUGCUGAAAAUGCCCUUCCAUACUCCCCUGAUCUUGGUUUUGUUAUCAUCACUCUGAUUUCACAAAAACUCUUUCAUUGGGCUAAUUGUGAAUUGUGGAGGGUGAUUGGGAUUUCUUUUCCCUUUUUGGGGAAAUGAGUUCUCAACUUAAAUCUAUAGGAUGGCAGACUUGGAAGCUUCAGGGGUCUGCUUCUUUACAUUUGCCUGUGUUAAAGGGGUAAAAGGGCUCUCUUCAUUAGAUUUGUGGAAGAUGAAGCAACCCCUGCCUUUAGAGUUGUGCCUGCAUGGCACUCUUCUCGCCCCGUAUACCCUUCCUUAUAGUAUGAGUAUAGCGGUUUUUACCCUAAAACAAAACAAAAUUUCACCAGGAGCUUAAGGACCAGAUGAGGAAUAACAAGUGACGUGAUGAAGCAAGUCAUCUUCACAGGGUAGAAAAGAUAAUGGCGAGUUGGUUGAUAAAUAUCUGAAAACACAGUUGUUGUCUUAAAACUGUUCUGUGAUACAGCCAUGUGGGAAGGGAUGUUUGGCUGUGAUUAUUUUCUUAAGUUAAUGGGUAACUGAACGUCUUUCCCCACCCCUCAAGAAUAAGAUCUUCUGAAGAGAGAAUGAGGAUGGUUAGCUUGGGGCCAGCUAAGGCUCUAAACAAAAGCAGCUGGUGUUGGGAACGGCGCGCCAGAUCCUGUACAGACGUCUCUGUGUCGCAUCACCUCUUGAGUAUUCCUUAGUUGGGUUUUAUCCUUUUAGCUGAGCUCUUGGUGGUGGGUUAGAGAUUUAGGGAGGGUGGGGAUGUAUGUGGAAAUAUGUGCUUCCUCUGGCUGGCAAAUGUCUACAUCUUGAAACAAACAGAUGUACCUAAUGAGCUUCUCCAGUUCAUUUUGUAAAAAUAGAUUUGUAUGUGUACCAUCUUGGGUCUCCCCUCCCAACCCUCACCUCCCCCAUUUUGUUAAAAAAUUUCAGGACAGCACUCCAGGCCACUUUGGUCUCAGUGUAAGAUCCCUGUAACUAUCUGGAAGGAAAAUAGAGCCAAGACCUCCGGUCUUAAAUAUAUAGGAAUUGCCUUUCUUUAGUCUUCAGGACUAUUGUAUGAAAACAAGUAGGGGUCUAAUCUCCUAGAAGGUAGGGGCUUUUAUCCUUGAAGAGAAUAUGUCCCCAGAUUAUUAGCACUUUUAGAGGAGAAGCCAAGGUAUGUAGGGUGUGUGGCGGGCCCAUCAGUGGAGCAUGAGAGAAUGGGAUACCAUUGUGGGAAGGGAAGAAAAAAGUUCCUCAGGGGCCUCCCACUGCUAAAGCUUUUCGUGAGAUGUUGGUCUGUGCUCCCUGAGUUUGACUUUUAAAGGAAUUACUCGGGCAGCACAUGUAGUAUUCUUGGAUGAUCUUGCUGCUCUUAUUUCUCCUUUGUGUGUGUGUGUGUGUGGCUAUGGGUUUUCAUUUGUAACUCCAUCUGCUUAGGAGAGUGGGCUCUCCACAAGGGAACCUGCUGUGAACUUCUUUGCAGCAAGAAUGUAGAGAGAAAUAGGACUUAUUCCACUAGGGGCUCUCAUCUCACACCUUAAGGAGAGGAAGGAGAUUUCUAGAAAAACUAGGCCAGAUUUUCUUUGUUCUACCAUCAUUUUAAUAUGGCAAACUGUUUGGCUUUCCUACUCUGACCUAUGUUAUGUUCCUUUAAAAUGUGCCCAAGAAGAAAAAAGACCAGUCAGUGUCUCUUUAUUUUAUUCUUUGAUUCCUCUCAGUUUCUUAAUUUUCAGCAUUUGUUGGAUUCCUUUGGAUAUAGGUUAGCAGAUUUCACCUUUGUUCCUACCCAAGGGACUUCCCAGAUUCUGAACUCGUUAGACUAAGAGGAAUCCAUGAGGUGCUAUUUGGCCAGACUUAUGUGGAUUCUAAUUUCCUUGGUUUUCCCUCUACCUAGUAUCUCUCUAUUUUAUUGCCCCCUUUUCUAGAUCAAUUCUCCUUUGAUUUGGACAUGUUGAAGUUUUUUUGAGAAGGAGGUUGGAGAGUGGAUGAGCAAAGUUCCAAGAGCAAAAAGACAGUGUGUCAGAGUGUGGGGGGAAAUUAGUCUUAUUUUUUCCCUACAUGGGAUACAACACUGUGAAAUUCAAUCUUCAAGUGAAGGCCCUGCCGUUCUCCUAAAACAUAGUUCUUUGUUUCUUUCUUUAACAAAGUUUAAGCUAGUGUAAUAAAUUAAAAAAAGAAAUUGCUUGUCUGUCCACUUCAGCUUUGUUUUAUGCCCAUUUCAUAUUGUUGUCUGUGUUGUAAUUCAUACUUUU